ACGUAAUACUUUUCUGGUUCAUACGUCGUCGUUUAGGACAUCGGAGUCCACAGUGCGCGGUGAACAAAUAUCGGUUAGCCUGGAUUCAUCUUCAUCCCUUCUCUUCUCUACCCAUUGCAGCUCUUCUCCCUAAACACUGUUCAGGAUGUCCAGGUUCCGCUCCUUGUUGCAAGCUUCUCUCAAUGCCACCAAAAAAGCGCUGACUUGGAAUCUUGAGGACUUGGUUCCUCCCAGCGAAAGAUACAUCUUCAAAUUUGAUUCAAAAGAGGAGCUGAAUCGGUGGCAUCUAUACUCCGAUUCUGAAUAUGGAGGUUUGUCAUCAGCAUCUCUGGAGAUAAAAGAGUCCUCUGAUGGAUCAAAUAGUACCGGUAUAUUCUCUGGCAACCUUUCUUUGGAUGUCGAUGAAGGUUCAAAAUGGAAUAUGAGUAGAAGUGGCUUCUGUGGAAUGAGAACUAAAAGGUUUGAUGGGUUCAUUGAUUUGGAAUCAUACGACACAUUAGCCCUAAAACUGAAAGGAGAUGGGAGAUGUUACAUAUCUACUAUCUACACAGAGAAUUGGGUGAACUCUCCUGGACAACAGGAAGAUAACUCAUGGCAGGCAUUUGUGUUUGUGCCGAAGGACAACUGGUAUAUUGCAAAGAUUCCUCUUGCUCGAUAUCUGCCAACAUGGAGAGGCAAUGUAAUAGAUGCUCAACUCGAGAUGAAUCCAUCUCGGAUCGUUGGUAUGUCUCUAGCAGUCAAUGCACAAGGCGGAGUUCCUGGUUCUUGGUCAGGUCCCGGAGAUUUUCGAGUGGAGGUUGACUGGAUAAAAGCUCUGAGAGCACAAAGCUAAAUAGGUCAGAGUGAAACAAGAAAGAAUCAAACAUUGAACACACUUGUUCUAACUGAUAACUGAAUGCACAGUGGCAAUCGGAGGUAUAAUGAUUUGUGAUAUCGAAAUCAGUUAGUGACUUUUUUGAGCUGCUGAAGAUUAUAUUGUUGGGAUGGUUUGCUUCAAUUACUAAAUAAAUUGUUGUUUGAUAACACUAUUUGAUCUUUGAUACUUUGGGAGUUUCAUUAUUAGCAAGCAUUAAAUGUGAAUCAUUUAUAUAUGAAAUGU